AUGUCUCAAGGUGGGUAUCCUCCUCCAGAUCGACGACAGUAUAGCGGUUACCCUCCAAGUUCAGAGCCAACACAGCAAGGUUACCCUCAAUUUCCGGGCCAAGAACAACAACCACAGCAAGGUUAUCCACCGACAUUACCAACCGCGUCUUUUUUAAACACUGACCCAUCUGCACAACCUUUGUUACCUUCAACUUCUACUAGUGGUGGUUCGGUUUCGUUUGCACCAGACCCAGAACAACUUUCAAAACAUUAUGGUCAAGCUCCUGUCCGUCAACCACGUCGUUACAAAACGACCAAACGUGUUGAACUUUUCCAAGGAAAUUUAGUUUUAGAUUGUCCUGUACCCACAAAGCUUUUACAAAUUGUUCCUAGAAAGGAUGAUAGAGAAUUCACUCAUAUGAGGUAUACUGGUUGUACUUCCGACCCUGACAGCUUUAAGAAGGAUCGAUAUACGCUUCGUCAACAACUUUAUGAUCCUCCUAGACCAACCGAGCUGUUCAUUGUACUUACUAUGUAUAACGAAGAUGAAGUUCUUUUUGCCCGUACUUUUCAUGGUGUUGUAAAAAACAUAGGUCAUCUUUGUUCUCGUGAUCGAUCCCGUGUUUGGGGUAAAGAUGGGUGGAAAAAAGUUGUAGUAUGUAUAGUAUCUGAUGGACGAAAAAAGAUUAAUCAACGUACUUUGUCUUAUUUGGCUGCUAUUGGUGUCUAUCAAGAUGGUGUAGCCAAAAACAAAGUUAACGAAAGAGAUGUUACUGCUCACAUUUUUGAAUACACCACCCAAAUUUCAAUUGAUCCUGAUAUGAAAUUCGUGGGUGCUGAUAAGGGUAUUGUCCCUGUUCAAGUUCUCUUUUGUCUAAAGGAAAAAAACGCGAAAAAGAUUAAUUCCCAUCGCUGGUUCUUUAACUCUUUUGGUCACAUACUUAAUCCAAAUGUUUGUGUCCUCCUUGAUGUUGGUACCAGACCUGGUGGCACCUCUAUUUAUCAUUUGUGGAAGGCUUUCGAUAUCAAUUCAAAUGUUGCAGGUGCUUGUGGUGAAAUUGUUGCUAUGAAGGGUAAAGGUGGUGUGAAUUUGUUAAAUCCCAUGGUAGCAUCUCAAAAUUUUGAAUACAAAAUGUCAAAUAUCUUGGAUAAACCCCUUGAAUCUGUCUUUGGAUAUAUCACUGUGCUACCAGGUGCCUUCUCAGCUUAUCGUUUCAUUGCUCUACAGAAUGAUCAAAACGGAAAUGGUCCAUUAGCUUCUUAUUUUAUGGGUGAGGCUCAACAUGGUGGUGAUGCUGAUAUUUUCACCGCCAAUAUGUAUCUCGCCGAGGAUCGUAUUCUUUGUUUUGAAUUAGUAGCGAAGCGUAAUUGUUCUUGGGUUUUGCAUUAUGUGAAAUCUGCUUAUGCUGAAACCGAUGUACCAGACACUGUUCCUGAAUUGAUUUCACAAAGACGACGUUGGUUGAAUGGAUCCUUCUUCGCCGGUGUUUAUGCUAUUUGUCAUACUUUUGCCAUUUGGAGAAGUGACCAUUCCGCCAUUCGUAAAGUCUUAUUACACGUUGAAAUGUUUUACCAAGCUUACAAUUUAUUAUUUUCUUGGUUCGCUUUGGGUAAUUUCUAUUUAACUUUUUAUAUUUUGGGUAAUUCUCUCUCACAAGAAGAUGUUGUUGAAGUUUAUUCUUGCUAUGGGUCAAAAUGGGCAUAUAUAUUUUCAAUAGCAUUCUUUGCGGGUCUUAUGAUUUAUAUGUUGUUUGCGGCUUUUUGGCUCACUUAUAAAGGAGUUUCGAUUCAGAUGGGAAUUCUUGAAAAUGAGAAUCAAAUUACCGGAAAUAAUGUUAACACAGCUAGUGCUAUAAUUAACGAUUCAACUUUCCGGAACAUUAUUCUUUCCGUUAUUUCAACUUACGGGUUAUAUUUUACAGCCAGUUUUUUAUUCUUUGAACCUUGGCAUAUGUUUUCAAGUUUUAUACAAUAUUUGUUAUUGGUUCCAUUCUAUAUUAAUAUUUUGAACGUUUACGCAUUUUGUAAUGUACACGAUGUCAGCUGGGGAACUAAAGGUGACACGUCAGUAAAACAAGAUUUGGAUAUUAACUCCGCAUAUGAGGAAGCAUGUGGCGAAUUAUCGCGUCGCCCGGAAGAAGUAGUUCAGCAUCGUUCAAAAUCCGAAAAACAAGAUGAUUAUUACAAGGCUUUCCGUACACAAGUCGUUUUAUUCUGGAUUCUUUCCAAUGCCGCGUUAGUUGCUGGUAUAACGAAUGCUAGUAAUUCAAUAAAUACAAUCUUUGCAAAACAACACGAACGUAGCAAUAUUUAUAUGGCAUUUGUACUUUGGUCUGUUGCUGGGUUAGCUGCUUUUAGAUUUGUGGGUAGUUGUACAUAUUUAUUGUUUAGAUUGUUUACUGGUUAG